AUGAGAUCGACUAAAUAUUCAAAGCAACAUAAACUUCUUGGAGAAUUUAUGAACAUUGCAGUCGAUGCACUCUUACGUUUGUCAUGCAUGAUGAUAUUACUACCAAAAUUGUUUGAUUCAGACGCGCAUGCAAAAAUCACCAUCGACGAUGAUACUGGUCACUUUGUUGAUUCACAAGGAUUUAUUAAAUUAUUUCGUGGAGUCAACUGUGUGCAUAAAGUCGCACCAUUUUACUUUCCAAAACUACUUGACCCUCAUUCAUUCAGAGUACUUAGAGAUUGGGGAAUUAAUGUUAUACGCUUAGAAUUCAAUUGGAUAGCAUUGAAACCACAGGAAAAUGAAACCAGUCGAGAGUACUUAGAUAUCAUUGAAAAGAUUAUCGACAAUGCUGGAUUAUAUGGAGUUUAUAUUAUCAUUGACUUGCAUCAAGAUGGAUUAUCGAAACGUCUAGGUGCAAUCGAUGCUGUGCCUAAUUGGUUUAUGGAUAAAAUAAAGCGACCACCAUAUUUAUUCCAAUAUCCUUGGCCACUAACGAAAGAUCCAAGUAAAAGCAACUGGUUUCUAACGUACACCACGUAUGAGAGUGCACAUGUAUUUGAAAGUAUAUAUAAAAAUGUCUCAGGAACAUGGAAUUAUUUUGCAGAAUAUUGGAGGAUAACAGCUAGUCGUUUCGGGAAGAAAGAUAAUGUUCUAGGUUAUAAUUUGAUAAAUGAACCGCCACCUGGAAAUUUCUACAUAAAUCCAUUCCUUCUUUUGCCUAAUAAUGCAGGUGAAAAUCUCUUACCAUUUUAUGAUUAUUUGGUGAAUGUUAUUCGCCAAACAGACAAGAAUACAUUGAUAUUUUACGAGAGUGUAACUUAUGGAAUAUAUUUUCCAUUUGUCAAUGGAAUACCCGGUACUGGCAUCCAACGUGUUCCUGGUCUAUUACAAGAUGAGAUGGCCAGAAAGAAGAGUGUAUUAUCUUAUCAUUACUACUGUUGGCUAUUGGAAUCGACACCAUCUACAGAGGAUAUGCCAUCAUGGAAACGAUAUUUGUGUGAUCAACACCUCUUGAAUUAUGCAUUCGAUAAUGUGAGAAGUAUCGUUAAAUUCACUGGUGGCGGACGCUUUUUAACAGAAUUCGGUCUGUGUCUUCCUGAUGGCAAUCCAGAUUCAAUAAAUACGGUUGAAUGUAACGCUGUGAUGAAUGCAGCUGACCGUAACUUCGAAUCCUGGACCUAUUGGGACGGAAAUGAAUUAUUUCCUAACUUAAUUGUGGACAACAUUUCCUUGAAAUCAUUCAGUCGUGCAUAUCCACAAUCAACUGCCGGUCGACCUGUCCAGCUGAGAUUCGAUGUUGAUUCAGGUGUGUUUUAUUAUGCUUUUGUACCAACACAGAAGUAUUGUACAAAUAUAA